AUGACACAGCCAGCCUUGUCCGACCUUCUCAAAGCCUCGCCGUUGCACUUGGGUCCCUACGAAGACCUCUACAAGUACUUUCAUGCGCACCCAGAGCUGUCUCGACAAGAGAAAUCGACAUCGGAAAAGCUUGCAGCGCACCUGGCCGGGCUGGGAGUCUCUGAAAUCCAUUCGGAAAUCGGAGGUUACGGCCUCGCUGGCGUAAUUCGAAAUGGCGAAGGCAACACUGUUCUUCUACGAGCAGACAUGGACGCACUGCCAGUGAAAGAGCUGACCGGGCUUCCUUACGCCAGUUCCAUUACUAUGAGCGACGCAGAAGGCAAUGAGAAGCCUGUCAUGCAUGCGUGUGGUCAUGAUAUGCACAUCACAUGUCUUCUGGCAGCCGCAGAGACUCUAAUCAAAGUGCAAGAUGCAUGGUGUGGGACUUUGAUCAUCCUCUUCCAGCCGGAUGAAGAGCGUGGGGGAGGUGCACAGGCAAUGGUGGACGAUGGACUUUACUCUAAGAUCCCAGUUCCGGAUUUUGUCCUCGGCCAGCAUGUCGUGAGAAUGAAGGCCGGCAGCAUUGGCUCGCGUCCUGGAGCUAUCAUGGCUGCAUGUGAUAGUAUGAAGAUCACGGUCUUUGGCCGUGGUGGUCAUGGCUCCCAACCCCAUCAGACGGUCGAUCCAGUGCUUCUAGCUGCCCAUAUUGUCGUUCGGUUGCAGAGUGUUGUGAGCAGAGAGAUUAACCCCAACGACCUUGCUGUCUUAACCGUGGGGAGCCUCCAUGCCGGACAGGCCGAAAACAUCAUCUCUGACAGGGCCGAGAUCGGCGUGGACUUCCGAUCUGUGAAGUUAGAGGUUCGGGAACAGAUUAUUGCUGGAAUCAAGCGCAUCGUGGAAGCCGAAUGCGCGGCGAGUGGUUCGCCCAAGCCACCUGUUUUCACACCAACCAGACGUUUCCCGCCUACUGUGAAUGAUAAUGAUGCUGCCUCUCUAGUUGCCGCGACAUUCGCGACUCACUUUGAGGACUUUGAUGGUGAUACACCACGAACGAAUAUCGCCGAGGAUUUUUCUACUCUGGCGACCUGUCGAGGCAUUCCGAGCUGCUUCUGGCUUCUUGGAGGUAUCGACCACGGAAUUUGGGACAAGGCACAAGCGGAAUCUCGCACGGAGGAGGUCCCAGGAAACCACUCGGCGCUUUUCGCGCCUGUCAUUCAACCGACUAUGAGGGUUGGAGUGGAUGCGCUGUGUCUUGCAGCCUUGACUUUCUUGAAGAAAUAA